UUAGGCAUGACACAACCGGAAGUACGCAUGCGCGAACAUUUACACAGCAGGUAAACUCCACCAUGGCGGCGAGAGGCCAUGUGCAAGAUCCCAACGACAGGAGGCUCAGACCUAUUUAUGAUUACCUUGAUAAUGGCAACAAUAAGAUGGCAAUACAGCAGGCGGAUAAACUGCUGAAGAAACACAAGGACCUGCACUGUGCCAAGGUCUUAAAGGCCAUCGGCCUCCAGAGGACGGGGAAGCAGGAUGAAGCCUUCUCAUUGGCCCAGGAGGUGACCACCCUGGAGCCCACCGACGACAACUCUCUGCAGGCGCUGACCAUCCUGUACAGGGAGAUGCACCGCCCCGAGCUGGUCACCAAGCUGUACGAAGCGGCGGUGAAGAAGGUCCCGCUCAGUGAGGAGUAUCACUCUCACCUCUUCAUGGCCUACGCCCGCGUGGGAGAGUACAAGAAGAUGCAGCAGGCAGGAAUGGCCUUGUACAAAAUUGUCCCCAAGAAUCCAUAUUACUUCUGGUCUGUCAUGAGUCUGGUGAUGCAGGCGAUCUCAGCGAAGGAUGAGAAACUGGCCCAGACCAUGUUCCUGCCUCUGGCCGAGCGCAUGGUGGAGAAAAUGGUGAAGGAGGAGAAGAUCGAAGCCGAAGCUGAGGUGCAGCUGUAUUUUAUGAUCCUGGAGCGUCUGGGGAAGUGUGAAGAAGCUCUCCAUGUGAUCAGGGGUCCACUGGGAGAGAAACUGACCAGUGAACUGCAGAGCAGGGAGAGGAAAUGCAUGAUGCUCUACACUCGACUGGAACGCUGGCCAGAGUGUAACGCCCUGGCCCAAAAGCUGCUGCUGAAAAAUCCUGACGACUGGCAGUUCUACCCCUCCUACUUCGACUCUCUGUUCCACCUGAUGGACCAGUCGUGGAGCCCGCCGGAGGACGCCGAACACUGCUCAGAGGGUUCAGUGCAUCACACCGUGGCCGAGGUGGUGAGGUUUGUGGAGGAGAGAAUCAAAGUAGAAGACGAAAAAGACUUUCGCUCUCUCAGAGGGCCUUACUUAGCCCGGCUGGAGUUGAUGCACCGACUGAGAGAACGAGGCUACCCUGAGGAGAACCUGCCAGGCGAGCCUCUUGACCUGAUGGUGCAGUUCUUCAGGAAGUUCGGAGACAAGCCGUGCUGCAUUACUGACCUGAAAAUAUACCUUCAUCUGCUGACCCCGGACCAGCAUGUCCAGUUUAUUAACCGGCUGAGUGAAAUGGUUCCACUGGGGGAGCAGGGAGAGGACGGCUUCACUUUCCCAGAGGACACCAAGUCCCUACAGAGGCAUCUGUGUGUAUGUCAGCUGAGUCGGGCCCUGGGGUUGCAUCACUCCCUGGACGUCGGCGGCAAGCUGCGCCUUAUCGCUGAGCUCAAGGCUCACUAUCACCACGGCCUCAAGUUUGGGAGCAGCGCCCUGAAGACCGAGCUGCAGUUCUCUGACAUGUACUGCCUCAUGGCAGCUCAUGUGUACAUAGACCUGUGGACAGAAACAGGAGAUGAGGACAUGGUGUGGCAGUGUCUGGGCCUCCUAGAGGAGGGUCUGUCUCACAGCUCCUCCAACGCCCAGUUCAAGCUGCUGCUUCUGCUCCUCUACUGCCGCCUGGGCUCCUUUGAACCUGUGGUGGACCUUUACUCCAGCCUGGACGCCAAGCACAUACAGCACGACACCAUAGGGUUUCUUUUAACGCGUUACGCCGAGUCUCUGGGUCAGUUCUCCGCUGCCUCCCAGUCCUGCAACUUCUCCCUCAGGUUUUUCCACUCCAACCAGAAAGAUACCUCCGAGUACAUCAUCCAGGCGUACAAGUAUGGUGCGUUUGAAAAAAUCCCAGAGUUCAUCGCUCUCAGGAACCGGCUGAACCAAUCGCUGCACUUUGCCCAGGUCCGCACUGAGAGGAUGCUGCUGGACUUGUUCCUGGAGGCGGACGUCGUCUUGAGUCUAGAGGAAAGUGUUAAGGCCAUGUCUUUGUCUUCAGAGGAAGACGAUGUCCCCUGGGAUACUUUAAGGGACAACAGAGACCUUACUGUAUUCACAAACUGGGAUCCUAAACAAAGGCAGUUAACCGAUGAGCACCGGACUCGCUCUCUGGAGGAGGAGAAGGCCUGGCUGCGGAUCCGCUCGCUGACGUUGCGCCUGCUCGCCUCGCUCACGCCGUCCGGACACGCCGCCUCGCAGCAGAACUCUGAGAUGUCCAACGAGAACGGCGUCGGCGACAGGAGCUCGCUCCACCGCAGCCUGCUGUCACAGCUCAACCAGACGCUGCACGUAGCGGCGCAGAUUGCAGAGAAACACACACAGUACCCCCUGCUGGGCCCCCCCUCCACCCGGCUGGCCUCGGCGCUGUCCGUCGGCAGCUGCCACUGUCAGGCUGCUGCGCUGCACCUCUCGGUCCACCUGCAGGAGCUGGAAUCGGCCGGACUCGACGAAUCGUCGGAGCUUCAAAUUCAGAUCUGUAACGUUUUUAAGUCAUUAGUUGUUCAACUUCAAGAAAUACUUAAUAAAAGUAAAGGAGACUUAUUGGAAAUGAAAGAGAGCAAAUUAAAAACCCAACCAUCUUUAUUAGAAAAUCUAGUUUUCUUUCUUGAGACAGUGAGCAUAGUGUUGUGGAGUGCUAGCUACUGUGCCAAGAUCCUGCGACCACUGAAAACAAGUUUACAGAAGAAGAAAAAGAAGAAAAAGGAUGUCAAUACUGCAAUGCCGUUGGUGGUGUGUGGUUUCCAGGAGCUGACUGGGAACUUGCAGGACUUACUUACCCAGACAGUGGAGCACAUCAGGGGGCAAGAGUCUGGCAUCACUGCCCUAAAACUGGCCAGUUUAACCUUGGAAGGAUGCUCAAGGGAGGAGGCGUCGUUUACGAAGGCUGCUAUGGACAAGGUGCAGAGCAGUUACCUGCGUUCGCUACAGGAGGUGGGAGAUCUACUCAAAAAGAGAGCCGAAACUAUAAAGAACCUUAAAAUCUGAAAAAAAAAAAAAAAACCCGGACACACCCCUGACUGAAGAUGACUGUACGCCCCUCACGCCAUCACUUACCAGCCCACCAGCUCUGCCUUGCGAGUCAAGCAGAAAACCUGGCCACGCUGUCCGGUUCCGAUCCAUCCUCACUACUUUCUGUCUGGAGCUCUUUAUUUUUCCUCCUCCCUCCCCUCUGGACCACCUGCAACUCUAAUAGCACAUAAAGCCUGUAAGUAAAAAAAAAACAACAACUCAUGAACUGAUGCAGCAUCUGCGAAAUUAAAAACAAAACAAAAAAAAAAAAAAGGUGCACACUCUUAAAGAAUUAUCUUACAUUAGGAAGAAGAAAAGAUGAAUAUACAGUUUUAGAAUCUAAUAAAUUAUUGUACAUAAUAUAAACCGUAACUCCUCGACUGAACGAGAGUAUAAGACACAGCGAACCACUAUCCCGUCUGUCGGCGAGUUUCCUGUUUUCCGGUGACGUCGAGAACAAUCGCGGCGAGACGCACAACUUCAGUUCCGAAGGAGGAAGGAUCCGUCGACGUGCUGCUUUCGCUGCUUCUAUUUUUCCUGAUAAAUUUAAUUUGGUUUUUUUUGGCAGCAGCCGAGCAGGGAGCCAUUCAGACUGACAGAUAAAUCCCCCUCCUGCAUUUCAGAGUAGUUUUGUCUUCUUUUGUUGCAGUUGUCUUUUUUUGCGUAAGUCUUGUGUUGCUUUGAACCACCUGUAGUUACAGUAUUACAAAGAGACGAGCUAAAUUUUUUUUUCUUUAAUAAAUGGUGUGUCCAUGUUUCUUUUUUUUUUUUUUUUUUUUUUUACAGAAGUGGUGCUUGUGAACAAGUAUGUUGACCCGGUUUAAAACUCGACUGAUUCCCAUUAUUUAAGGAUCAUUUCAAACGACGAUCCGAACUUGAAUGUUUACCAGGAACACUCGCUGCUCUGGGGAGAAGAAUCCGUCUCUAUGCAACCGACGGAUACCGCUGUAUGUAGUGACACACUUAGAAACACCCAUUUGCCAGACGCUUGAGUGUGCGCGUGUUGGCGUGUUGGCGUGUGUGUGUGUGUGUGUGUGUGUUGCGAUCAUUCUGCUCUGGGACGGGUCUCCAACCAAUAGAACAUUGGACCUAAGUGUAAAUAAAAUCUGAGCGCAGCCUUUUCAAAGGACUUUGUGUUUUUUUGUUUUUUAAGCAGCUAAAGUAGAAAGGGAUCAUUUGUCCCUCCCUGCUUUUGACACCCACUUUAAGAAAAAACCCAACUGAAUCUUGUCAUGCUUUUUUUUUUUUUGUUUGUUUUUUAAGAACUGCCUCACUUGGGGGAGCACUGAUGACUGUUGAACCCCUUGUUGGGGUUUUUGAGUUUGGCAUAGAAAUAUGAACAUAUAGUAAACGGUAUCCCUAAUAAUGCCUUCCUAUUUCCUCUUUUUGUCAUAUCCGAUAAUUAAUACCUUGUAUUGUUGUUUUUAAAAGUCAAGCCCUUUUUUUUCCUUUUUUUUUUGUCUGGUUUUGUGGCUGCAGGAAAGAUGUCGGUGAUCUUACAUGUGCUCACAAUAAGGGUUUGACAAUCUAGUGUCGUCUCAUCGCCCCCUUUGAUAGAAAAUGGAAAAACACAAACACUGGAAUGUCAAAGCUUUUUUGUUUUUUUUCUAAUAAAAAGAGUAAAUGUGACAA